CCCUCUCCUGCUCCCCACUUGUCCCAGGAAUCAGCUGUCCCCCAUCCCCCUGGUAUCAUGCGCAUCCUUGCCUGCCUCCUUGCUGCCCUCCUGGGGAUUCACUGUGCGGAGCGCCUGCGCCUGUCGUCGGGCCCCCACGGGUGCGCGGGGCGGCUGGAGGUGUGGCACGGGGGCCGCUGGGGCACGGUGUGCGACGACGGCUGGGACCUGCGCGACGCGGCGGUGGCCUGCCGGGAGCUGGGCUGCGGCGGGGCCCUGGCCGCCCCGGGGGGCGCCUUCUUCGGAGAGGGGGCCGGCCCCGUCUGGCUGAGCGAGCUGGCCUGCCGCGGGGCCGAGGACCGGCUGGCCCUGUGCCCCCACCGCGGCUGGAAAACCCACGUCUGCUCCCACGAGGAAGAUGCGGGCGUCGUCUGCGUGGGCCAUCCAACUGCAAGUUCCCGAGUUGACCCCGACCCCCCUCGAGCUGGGGGCCUGUGGCCGGGGCUCCUGGGAAGACUCAACCCGGGACCCGAGGUGACGCCCACACCUCACGCGGGCGCCCCCAACAACGGCCUCCGCAGGAAGGGCCUCCGGCCGGGGAAGCCCCCGAAGCCCAACCGAAAGGCGUUGGCCGCCACCAACGCCCCCCAAGAGGGGCGCCUGCGCCUGUCGUCGGGCCCCCACGGGUGCGCGGGGCGGCUGGAGGUCUGGCACGGGGGCCGCUGGGGCACGGUGUGCGACGACGGCUGGGACCUGCGCGACGCGGCCGUGGCCUGCCGGGAGCUGGGCUGCGGGCGGGCGCUGACGGCCCCCGGGGCGGCCCGGUUCGGGGAGGGGGCCGGCCCCGUCUGGAUGGACGACGUGGGCUGUGGCGGAGAGGAAGCGGCGCUUCGCGACUGCCCUCGCAGCCCCUGGGGACGCAGCAACUGCGACCACAGCGAGGACGCUGGCGUGGUCUGUGCCGGUCCCGCUCCCCGCCUGCGCCUGUCGUCGGGCCCCCACGGGUGCGCGGGGCGGCUGGAGGUGUGGCACGGGGGCCGCUGGGGCACGGUGUGCGACGACGGCUGGGACCUGCGCGACGCGGCCGUGGCCUGCCGGGAGCUGGGCUGCGGCGGGGCCCUGGCCGCCCCGGAGGGCGCCUUCUUCGGGGAGGGGGCCGGGCCCAUCCUCUUGGAUGACCUGCGCUGCCGCGGCAACGAGACGGGCCUGCGGCUCUGCCCGUCCCGGCCCUGGGGCCAGCACGACUGCCACCACCGGGAGGACGCCGGCCUGGUCUGCGACGGGCUCCCGCUCAGCUUCACUGCCCCGGCACCUCCCCAGAGCAGCAGUCCCCAUCUGCCUGGGACGGCGACGACCACGACCCCGCCUCUAACGGGGACCCCUCGCACACCUGUGGAUGCCGGCGAGAAACGGGGAGAUUCCCUCCCAUCUGCUUCCCCGACCCUGCCCCGCGCGGAGGCCCCCAUGGUCUCCGAGGGGAGACGGGGAGAUGUCCUCCCCACGGCUUCACCCGUGGACCCCCAAGAACCGGGACGUGGUGAGGAACCGUUCCGGCUGCGUCUGGUAUCCGGGCCUGGCCCGUGCGCGGGACGGCUGGAGAUCUGGCACGGGGGCCGCUGGGGGACGGUGUGUGACGACGGCUGGGACCCCCGAGACGCAGCGGUGGCCUGCCGGGAGCUGGGCUGUGGGGGGCCCCUCAUCCCCGGCCCCGACGCCGGCCGCUACGGCUGGGGCUCGGGCCCGAUCUGGCUGGACGAGGUUGGCUGCCAGGGGACUGAAGCCUCUCUGGCCUCCUGCCCGGCGGCCCCCUGGGGAAGGCACAACUGCGCCCACAAUGAAGACGUGGGGGUCAUCUGCGCAGGGGCGCCGGAAUCCAACUCCCUCCCGGACGUUUUGAGCUGGAGCUGGACGGCCACGCUGAGAGAAGGGGAUGUUUGGUCCACCAGGAAAUGGGUGACGGAGGCCCCCGGGGGGUUGCCCGCUAAGACCACUGGCCUACUAACCACCAAGCCGCCCAGAACACUGGGCUCUGGGACUCCUAAGGAGACCACCACAAGGAUGCCAGGAAAACUCACCUCAAAGAUCCCCCGAAAGUGGGGCCCCAAAACCACUCGGAAACUGACCACGAAGAGCCCCGGGAAACUGACCACUGUGACCCUUCGGGAACGGGCCACUCAGGCGCCUAAGGAACGACCCCCUGGGACCUCCGAAACCUCUCGGGAGCCGGCCCGUUCCCCAACCAUAGCCGUGAACGCUUUAGGGGAGACGGGAACCCCGACAUCCCUCACAACUAGUGACCACCCAGUUUGGUCCCACCCCGGGAGCAGCACGGAAGCAGAAGGAGCAGGUCAGUUCCGCUUGCGUCUGGCUGAUGGACCGGAGCCCUGCGCGGGGAGACUAGAGGUCUGGUACGGGGGGAGCUGGGGCACGGUGUGCGACGACGGCUGGGACCCCCGGGACGCGGCGGUGGCCUGCCGGGAGCUGGGCUGCGGGGGGCUCCGGCCCCGGGUGGGGAAGACCUACUACGGCUCCGGGGCCGGGCCCAUCUGGCUGGACGACGUCAGUUGCUCCGGCCACGAAGCCUCCCUGGCCGAAUGUCCGGCGCCUCCCUGGGGAGAGCACAACUGUGACCACGAGGAAGACGUUGGGCUCACGUGCACAGGGAAUACAGAUUACGAUUCCAUUUCUUGGGAGUGGAACCCCGCUCCUGAAAAGGAACUGCCCAGGAAGACCCCCGAAGCGGGGACCCCAGACUCCCUGCCUGAAGGGACGAGCAAAACCACUCCAGCCCCACGGACCCAGCUGUGGACGGGCCGGGAGCCAGGCCGAGAUCCAGGCAUCCACUCCCACCUGGAGGGUCAGCGGCCGUCCAGCCCGCAGGGAGCCGGUUCUCCCACUUCACCUACAAGGAGUCCCAAACCCACUGGGACCCCAGGCCGUGCCCCCGACCCCAAACAUUCCUCUGGGCCGUUACCUGCCCUGGUGACCACUGACUCUCCCCCAGCCCUUUGGCUGGCCCCUCAUUCCUCCCCAAACCCACUACUCACCCCUGACCUCACCUCGGCCCCAGCGCCAACCCCUGAGCUCACCACAUCGCCAACACCUACCCUUGACCACUCUACAUCGCCAGCACCGACCCCUGACCUCGCCACAUCACCAAUCCCUGACCUCACCACAUCGCCCUCACCAACCCCUGAGCUCACCACAUCCCCCUCAGGGGCCUCUGACCUCACUACAACCCCCUUACUGACCCCUGAGCUUACCACAUCCCCCUUACCGACCCCUGAGCUCAUCACAUCCCCAUCACCGACCCCUGACCCCACUACAUCCCCAUCACCGACCCCGGACUCCACUACAUCCCCCUUACUGACCCCUGAGCUUACCACAUCCCCCAUACUGACCCCUGAGCUCAUCACGUCCCCAUCACCGACUCCUGACCCCACUACAUCCCCAUCACCGACCCCUGACCCCACUACAUCCCCCUUACCGACCUCUGAGCUCACCACAUCCCCAUCACUGACUUCUGACCCCACUACAUCCCCAUCACCAACUCCUGACCCCACUACAUCCACCUUACCAACCCCUGACCCCACUACAUCCCCCUUACCGACCCCUGAGCUCACCACAUCCCCUUUACCGAUCCCUGAGCUCACCACAUCCCCCUUACCAAUCCCUGAGCUCACCACAUCCCCUUCACCAACCCCUGAGCUCACCACAUCCCCUGCUCCAACCUCUGACCUCUCCACAUCCCCAGCUCCGACUCUUAACUUCGUCACCUCCCCAGCUCCGCCCCCUGACAUCUCCUCGGCCUCAGCACUGACCCCCGACCCCGCCACAUCCCCAGUGCCGGCUCCUAACAUCACUUUGGCCUCAAAACCGAGCCCUGGCCUCCCCUCAUCCCCAGCACUGACCCCUGACCUCACCUCGGCCCCAGCGCCGACCCCUGAAUUUAUCACAGCCUCAGAGCCAAGCCCUAAGCUUAUUCGAAGCCCCGAAUUGACUCUUGGCCUGACCGCAACCCCGAAGCUGACUCCUAACCCGCGCGUGACUCAGGAACUGACACCUGUCUUCACCAUGUCUUCUGAUCUGAACUCUGACCCCACAAAGGCAUCCAGCCCAACUCCACGGGAACUGACUCCCGAUAUGGCCCCAAUCCCAGAGUUGACCCCGGACCUCCCCACGAUUCCAGACGUUCCCUCUGAUUUCACUGUGACCCGCCUGUCUGAGUUGACCCAGGACUCUCUCUCAUCUCCCGAGCUAACCCUUGACCCUGAGCCAGCUCCCAGGCCGACGACCGACCCCUUCUCCAUCCCCAUUCCGUCCACCCAGCCAUCCGCUGGGAUCCCGACACCUGACCCCCCUGUGGCCUCCUCUCCAACCCUCAGUUCCCCCAUGAUCUCCGACCCCUCCGGGAUGCCAUCGGCAACCCCCGGUCACACCGCCACCUCUCAGGUGACCCCUGACCCCAGGGCCUGCAUAGCGACCCCCGUGAAGGUCAUGGCCUGUGAGCCCCCAGCACUGAUAGAACUAGUGAGGGUCGUGAAGGGGGUGGGCGUGCAACUGGGCAUCUUGGCCCAGGCCGUCCAGAAGAACCAGGGUGACCUGAAGGCCAUGUACCUGGGCUUGGGGAAGCUGAAUGGGGCACUCCAGGGGCUGGGGCACCUGGGAGAGGUCGCAAAGGGCCUCGGAGACCUGGGAGAAGCCGCAAAAGGCCUGGAGCAGCUAGGGAAAGUUGUGAGGAAACUGAGCCAACUGGGAGAAGCCAUGAAGGAGCGGGCCGACAUCCCCCGGACCACCCUCUUCCCCUCAUCCAACUCCCUGGAGGAGGAGGAAGAACGUCCCCUGAGGGGUGAUGUGUGAAGCCCCGCCUCGCCGCUCGGCUCUUCCGACCCAGAACGUGCCAGAACGUGUGCCCUGGGUGAAGAAGGGAGCUAUAAAUUGUCCCCAUGUACUCCUGUGACAAAGAAAUAAAA